AUGAGGUUUCGGAAAUCAUUCGGUCUUGGUCCUGAAAAUUUGGUCAAAGUCAUUUCUUAUUGCGAUAAUCUCACCGCGCUGUAUCUCCAUUGUCCGGAUAGCUGUGACCCUCCUCGCGCAGAAGAAAUGCAUAAUUUGGCUGAUAAUUUUAACGCACUGUUUUCGGAACUCGGUCGUCUUGAAUAUCUCAAUAUCCGAGGUCCUUCCGGCUCAACCAUACUAUCAGAGUGCCUCCUCGAACCUAUCGCUCAUCUUCCACUCCUCGAAUCACUCGAGCUUGCAUAUGUUUCACAUAAAGACUCGGAAAAGGUUGGCAAGCUUGCGAUCUGUCUCUCUAAACUAAAAAAUCUCAAAGAGCUCGUGUUGGAUGACGUCAAUGCCAUAGAUGGCUCUUGGGGUUAUCAUGAAGGUCCACCUAAACUAGUCGAUCUUGCAAUUAUCGAGUGUAACCAGCUUUAUCUCUCAGAUAUGCCCAUGUCUAUCAGUGCUUGGGCUCCUAACCUGACUCACUUGGAAAUCAAAUUUAUGGAAUAUCUUGAACCUCAAGAAGACUUGUCAAACUUCAAUCCAGAUCAUCAUCAAUUUGAAUUACCGGAAUUAACUCAUUUGACCAUCUGGCCUCAUUCUGAAUAUCACAUUAAAGCGAUUUUUAACUUUCUUUCACUUAAAACAUUACCUGAACUUGAAGUCAUCAAUUUAUCUAUGGAUCAUCAAAAUUUUCCACUGCAACCUGAUGUCAAUGAGAUUCUGUCUUCGAUGGGUGAUUUCUUGAAGGGUAGAGGAGUCCAAAUGAAAUGGUUUGACGAAAAUGUUCCAUACAAGCUUCAACGCAGUACAAAAUUCUUUAUGUCUUAA